CUCUGCUUCCGUCUUGCCACUGACGCUUGCCUGCUUUACUUGGUCCCGCAGGGCAUCCGGCUCUACGCCUCGGCCUCAUCCACACCAAAGUCCUUCUCGCUGGUCCGAUGGACACUUGCGACCUCGGUGCUCCUUGGAUCGGGAUAUGUCGGAGCCGCUUACUAUGCCAACCACGACCCCCAGUUCCGAAAGCUCUGGAUUGAAUCGGGCGUCCCCGGAGGCGAAGCUGCCCUCGAUGCCGUCAAGAUCGGUGCUGAGAAGAUCCAGUCGACCUCGAUCCAGGAGGUGCAGGAGCAAGUGUCAGUCCAGACGGCCAAGGUCACGCAGACCAUCGGUGACUAUUCGAGCAAGGCUUCGGAAACCCUCGGCCAGGCCACCCAGACCGCAACCGAGCUCAAGCAAUCUUUCGACAAGAAGCUCGGAGAAGCUGUCCAAGCCGCCAGCGACGCGAAGGACGUUGCCACUGCAACGAUCUCCAAAAUUGCCACGACCGUUGGUGGUUACGUCCACGACACGGUAGAGUUUGUCGGCAAGGUCCAGGAAGCCACUGUCGAUACAUACCACAAGGUCGAGAACUCGGUCAAGGACGCUUCCAACAAGGUUGUCUACACGUUCGAGAGCGUCAAGAGCACCGUCACUGGCCAGCCUGCGCCUGAGAAGCCCAAGAAAUCAGCCUCUAUCCCUCCCGCGACCGAGACCAAGCCCAGCCCGGCCUCGUCUCCCAAGAAGCCCGAGGCGCCCGAGACUGUUGCUGCCCCCGCCGCUGCGAAGGAGUCGUCCCAGCCCCGCGAGACGACCACAGCUACUGUCCCUGCUGUUGCCGCCGCCGCUGCUACCGUUGCUGCCGUCGAAGUGGCUAAGUCGGAGGCUGCUGCUGCUGAGAAGAGCUCAUCCGAGGCCCGGCCGAGCAAUGAUGAAGCCUUGCCCGCCUCCGACUCUGCUCCUGUCGCGACACUGCCAGAGUUUACCUUGCCUGAAAUCACACACGAGCACCCCAGCUAUCGGCGUAUGGCCGAAGGCAUCCACGCCCUCUCCGAGUACAUCGGGAGCUAUCUCCAGUCGCAUCCAGAUGAACGCCUGGCCAAGGCGCGCGAAACCUUGGUGGACCUGAGCCUAGCUUUGGCUCACAUCGAGGCCGAGGAGGCUCGUCACAUCGACCGCGAGCUCGAGAAACAGAGCGAGCAGUUCAAGGCAUUCUUGGACACCGAGGUCCUCCGGUUCCAGAUCGCCUUAGCGGAGCAACACGAAGCUGAGAGCCUGAAGCACGAGCGAGUCCUUGCUACCGAGCGUGACCAACACAAAGCCGAGCUGAUUUCCGAGAUUGAGCGCCUGAACGACUUGUUCAAGUCCGAGCUGGUGCGCCAAUCCAAAGAUCUGGACGAGUACUGGCAGAAGGAGAUCAAGGCUCGAGUUGAUCAAGAGCGCGACGGCCGCCUGGCCCGACUGGACCACCUUUCCCUCAAGCUGAUGCAACUCGAGAAGAUCAGCAUCGACGCCGGCGAGUUCGGACAGCUCAAGCACCGCAUCCAUCUGCUUCAGACGGCUCUGAAGGCCCUACGAGGCUCGUUGGAUGCCAACACUGUCCAGCCCUUCUCUACCGAGAUUCAGAUCCUGCGAAAGCUUGGCAAGGGCGAUGCCCUGAUCGAGUCUGUGCUCGAGUCGAUUCCCGAGGAUGUCUCCAGGAGCGGCAUCGUUCCGUUUGACGGACUGAAGAAACGCUUCUACAGCGUUGCUAAGUAUGUCCGCCAGGCCCAACUUAUGCCUGAGAAGGGUGGCCCGAUCUCGUACAUUGUCUCGCGUGUGAGCUCCAACCUGCUCUUCAAGAAGCACGGCCUGAUUCCUGGCGAGGAUUGUGAGGCCAUCCUGGCCCGCACCGAGCAGCAUCUACGCCUCGGCGAGCUCGAGCAGGCCACUCGGGAGCUAAAUCAGCUCAAGGGCUGGCCCAAGAUCCUGGCCGGUGACUGGCUGAAGGCUGCUCGCCGGCAUCUCGAAGUUCGCCAAGCCAUCGAGGUAAGCCCAAGGAAUUGUGCGACGCACUAG